AUGGAAGAAGACGUGAAGAGGUUUCACAACCACGAAGCCCAGCUGUACAAGCUGUUGAAGAAAUAUAAUGUCACGGAUAUUCCUACACCGAAGGUGUACUUCUCCAAAGAAUACUCUGAGGACAAUCCUUUGAAAAGAUAUAUAUCAUGGACUAUGUUAACUGAUGGUGUUCCAUACCACAUACAUGACAACCUCAAGCCGGAGUCUAUAUUACAGCCAAUGAGAGCCAUCGCCAAGUUGGAAGCAGCCGCCAUGAAAUUUUCUGAUGAGGAAAAAGCUCCAUUUCAAUUCAAUCCCUUCCACGAUCUCCGUACUAAAUUUUUCAAUAAAGACACAAAUGGAUCACUUUGCACCAUGAUGCGUACUCUCGGUGGUGAGGAAUGCCGUGAUAAACAAAUCGACCAGUGGAGCCAUUGUAGAAGAUAUCAUUGA